CCUCCUUCCUCCUCCUCUCUGUUUCUUCUCCACUGUAAAAAAAAAAAAAAAAAUUAACAGAAACCCUGCAAAUGCAAAACCAUGGCGACCUUGAUCCUCUUCUUCACGUAGCAAUCCUCUAAACCCUAUCGAUCUCCUCCUCAAGCCAUGUCUCUCGACUCCUCUCCUCCGAUCCCGUCCCACCGAUCCUCGCCGGAACCCCAACCGCCUCAAAACGACGACGUCGCCGCCGCAACCACAUCGGCUCCGGCACCCACUCCGCCGCUCUCCCGCAGCAACCGCCCCUCCCGCGCUUGCACCCUACGCGCCGCGGCCCGGCUUCAACAGCAGCAGCAGCAGCAGCAGUACCAGCAGCACGCGGAGCCGCGCAAGCCGAAAGCCGCGAAGAAGGAGCAGCAGCAGCAGGAGGAGAACGGCGAGUCGUCGUCGCCGCAGCAAUGCGGCAGCGCCAGCAAGGUGGUGACGUCGCUGGUGGACCCGCCCACGCCGUCGCAAUUGCCGCGCUGGACGCUCCGGUCCAUGUGGGAGCUGGCCUCCGUCCUCAAUUUCCUCCACGCUUUUCGGCCGCUUUUGAAUAUACAAGCUGAGUUCUCUGCCGAAGAAUUGGAGACUGCUUUGAUCACACCCAAUGACAACUUGAGUGACAUUCACAUUCCCUUGUUGAAGGCGAUUCCCCCUGUGACUAGAAUGGCACUUACACGUGAUACUUGGAUCACUGUCUUAUGCAGAAAGUUGAGAGACUGGUGGCAUUGGGUUGCAGAUGGGGAUCUACCUAUUGUUGCUUCACAUGGGGCGGAGAUUGAAGUAUAUAAAACACUUGAUCCCGGUGUACGCGUGGUCAUUUUGAAAGCACUUUGUGACAUUCGUGUUGAGCAAGAAGAUAUCCGGAACUAUAUUGACAAUUCACUGAAACAUGGUGUCCAGCUUUCCACAUUUCGUAAAGAACGUAUUGGUGGUGAUUCACAAGGAAUCUCUUACUGGUAUGAAGAUGAUCCAAUAAUUGGUUAUCGGUUAUAUCGGGAGAUAAGGAAGACUGAGGUGAAGAAAGUAAGAGUAAAGGGUUCCCAUGUGCUUCCCAGUACAACAUACCAGUGGGAAACAGUUGCAACCAAUUUUGACGAAUUUCAAGAUGUUGGGGAAAAACUUUUCUCCAGUAUCAAUAGAACAGAGGCUGCUGUAGGAAAAAAGUUGAAAGGUGACAUGCUUUUAGAGAUUGAGAAGGUUCACAAGAGGAAAGAGAAGUUGCUGAAGAAGCAACAUAGACAAGCUCUCCUCCUUGAUAAUUAUGUGUCUGUGGAUGGACUUGGUCCUGGGCGCUCUCUUCGUGACAGAAAACCUGUGACGUACACUUUUGAUGAUUAUGACCGGUCAAUCAAUGAGGCCAUCAAGAUAACCAAAACGAAACAGCCAUCCCCUGACCCUUUACAGAAACGAGAUGUUAUGAAACAUGAAGCUUCUAGUAAUGGUAAAUGGAGUGAUGCUUCAAAUUCCCAUGAGCAUGUCGGAUUCAGCCCCCUGUCUCCUAAAUCACCUGAUUACGAAGGCGAAGAAGAUGAUGUCGAGGAAGAUGACACAUCUGAACUUAUGGAUAGAAGCAAUCGGCGAAGACAAAGGCCCCAACGGUAUUCUGCAAAAGAUUUUGUUGAAGCAGUUUCAGAUAAUGAUGCAGACUUUGACAGUGAUGAUGAGAUAGUUGGUGAAGCUAUUUAUGAUGAAGAAUACCUAAAGAAACGUAAGGAGAGAAGAAAGUUUUCUAGUAGUUCUGAAGGUGAUGAGGAGUAUCGUUGGGAGGAAGAAAAUCCUGAAGAGGAGGAAGAGGAAGAAGAGGAAGAUUCUGCAAGUGCCAGUGAGGAAAGUGAUGAACCCCGGAAGUUUAAGAAACUGCGAGGUCGUCCUGAGGAAUUGCCAGGACGUACUAGGAGGGAAGCUAAAUUGCGGUCAGUUGGUGAGCUCCAGUCAGGUCUAAGACGCAGUAAGAGGGCCACCAGAAAUCGCAUUGAUUAUCGGCAGUUAGAGUUUUCAGAUUCAGAUACAGAGCCUAUAAAACCCGAGAAGUCAAAUGCAUCAGAUCAACACUCUGAUGCAACUGAAAAUGGUGACUAUUCAAUGGAAAGUCAAGAUUCUGAUGUUAAUGAUGGUCACCAUGAAAUGGAAGUUGGUCAGGCUGAUCAGGCUGUUGAAAAUUACCCUGAAGCAGUAGAGAAAGAAGAAAACCAGCCACCUGAAAAAUCAAAUAGCCCAGGGGAAAAUGAAGUCGGAGGUGUACAGAAAAGACGUUUCCUUGACCUAAACGAACUUGCUCCUGGCUCAGGUUUUGAUGAUGGUCCAAAUACGAUUAUGAAAGAUGAUGCGGAUGAUCUGUGAGCGAAGCUUCCUCCUAUGAGUCCUAUCCUAGACAACAAGCCUGGUAUUGCAAGGAAGCCUGUACUAUUGUAAAAUUUAUAAAUUUUGUGCUUAGCGCUAGGAGAAAGUUUCAGCCGGAGUUCUCCAUGGCAGAAUCUAAGCAACAACCUUGGUGCAUGAUUUGCAACAGGGGAGCAACAUGAUGCGGAGAGAGUUAUGUAGAUUAGUUAGUCAUUUUUUAGUAACUCAGCAUUCAAAGAAACCUACAGCAGAUGAAUGGAGAGUUGGGAGUUUAGUUGAUCCAAUCAAUGUACCAUAAUCCUCAACUGAUGUGUAACUUAAUGACUUGGCUUUCGGUGAUCGAAGUUGAAGCCUCUUGUUGUAUUAUCUCUCAGGAUCGUGAAUCCCAUGAUAAUGAUCAGCAUGAGUAGCAUGUUGGGUUGGUUGGGUUGUUAUGGAACCAUCCUCCCUGAAAAGGUAACUCCAUUUUAUCUUGUAUUGAGUUU